UAUCGCGUCGCAUGCUCCAAUGUGCUUUGCUAUAGCUUCUACUCACUUCAAUGUGCGCAUUAGAGUGAGUAAAUGCUACGGUAGGAGCAUAUUAAAACUUGCGACGCGAACAAAUCUUAUGGUUAGGCUUAUCGAGGUUAUCGAUAGUCGCUAUCGAUAGUUUUCUAUCUCUAUUACGAGCACACCAUGUUUACUUGCAUCAUGCCAUGCUAUAAACAGUCAAGCUUAAGACGUAACGGACGUAGUUUUAAAGUUCAAGAAAUUCUCGUAAGAAAUUUGUAAGCAUGACCGACAACAAAAAUGAUAAGACGAAAGUCGAUCUCGGAUUGCUCGAGGAAGAUGAUGAGUUUGAAGAAUUUCCCGCGGAAGAUUGGACCGCAAAAGAUGAAGACAGCGAUGAUAUCAGCGUCUGGGAGGACAAUUGGGACGAUGAUGACGUUGAAGAUGACUUCAAUCAACAGCUGAGAGCACAACUAGAGAAGCAGAAGGCUACAAAUGAUGCAAAAAAAAUUAAUUAAUUUGUAAUGUAUGAUUAAUCUUAUUAUUUUAUAAAAUAAAUAUAUUAAAUAUUAA